UUACUAUUUACACGUGGCAAAAUCGAAUUCAUCACCUAAACUCACAGGACAUCGAGUCACCGCAGAGGAACCAUCUCCCCUUCUAUUUUCCUCGUAAACCAUAAAUAGCAACUGCCUGCAAAACGACCGGCCGGCUUUUGACAAAAAUGGAAACAGAAAACUCGAAAGAGACCGGAGAAAUUGAAGCGUCGACCCAGGACCCAAGAAAUGAACCUAAAUCCGACCCGAAUCCAAGAACCGUGAAGACGAAAGUGCCCGAAGUAGAGAUCCGAUUGUAUCGACGAGGUAAGGGUCCGAUCGACGUGUUCAAGUCAAGCUUGGGAGGGUGGGACCAGGACCAGCUGGAGGUCCGAGAAAUUCUUGAGAAAUAUGGGUUUAAAUCGAUUUAUGCUUUCAAUACCCAGUCGGGUCGGGGCGUCCCAAUCCGAUUUCAUCCGAGAAAUGGAAGGUCUAUGAUCGGAUACAGGGACGGAUCAGUGGUUCACAUUGACGGCGAACCAAAGGAUUCUUUGAUCAAACCUAUAACCAAGAUCUUGGUAGGAAUAGCAGUUACAACACUUUUGAUAGCUCUGGUAGUGAAGGAUACUCCAGAAUGGAUCAAGAAAUUAAACAUAUUUGGUGGUGACUUUCCUCCUUGGGUCCUUGCUUGCAUUGUUAUUGUUUUUACACGCAUGAGGAAGAGAACUAGGGAUUUCUUGAAGAAGCUUGGUUGGUGAUGCUGAUCAGUGUUAAAUUUUGUGCUCCUCCGCAUC